CCGCGGUUCUGACCCCGACCGGCUUCCCGCGACCCCGGCCCCGCUUUCCGCUCUGUGGGCGCCCGCCGCCCAGGCCUGAGCCACGAUGUUCCGGAUGCUGGGCGGCAGCUUUGACGACGACCCCUUCUUUUCCGAUUCCUUUCUUGCACACCGAGAAAGUAUGCGGAACAUGAUGAGAAAUUUCUCUGAACCUUUUGGAAGGGACUUGUUCAGUAUCUCUGAUGGUAGAAGAGCCCAUCACCGCAGAGGACAUGAUGCUACUGAAGAUUACAUAGCCGCAACAACUUUUUCUCUUGUGCCUUUUGGCAGUUUUGGCAGAAUGCAUACAGAUGUCAGCCCUUUUCAGGCAAUGGACCGAAUGAUGUUAAAUAUGCGCGACAGUAUGCAGGAGUUACAGAGAAACUUUGGGAACCUGUCAGUGGAUCCACAUGGACAUUCAUUUUGUUCUUCGUCAGUUAUGACUUACUCCAAAGUAGGCGAUGAACCACCAAAGGUAUUCCAGGCCUCUACUCAAACCCGGAGGGCUCCAGGAGGAAUAAAAGAAACCAGGAAAACGAUCAGAGACUCUGACAGCGGACUGGAAAAAAUGGCAGUUGGCCAUCACAUCCAUGACCGGGCACACGUCAUCCAAAAGUCAAAGAACAACAGGACUGGAGAUGAGGAGGUCAACCAGGAGUUCAUCAACAUGAACGAACAUGAUGCUCAUGCUUUUGAUGACGAGUGGCAGAAUGAGAUUUUGAAGUUCAAGGCCGGGGGCCGCUCACGCAAUCUAGAAAACCCUAGAAUGCGAAGUGUCGGUCAUGAGAAUCCAGGAUCACGGGAACUUAAACGAAGGGAAAAACCUCACCAAAAUCACACCGAAGGUGGUAGAAGAUCAAGGGCUUGUGUGGACAAACUGAAUGUCAAAGGGUCGCCUGUGAGGAUCAACAAAAAAUAAAUGGCCGUGCAUUUCACCUGCCUGGUUUUUAUCGUUUGAACAGAGAAAGUAGUGGUGCUGGGUUAACAUGCGUGAGACCAAUCUCCUGUGGGUGCUUUCCCCUCGUGUCUCUGCUCUCACAGCUUCCAAUUUCAUCCUGUUACUGCUGUAGGAAUAAAACUUUGAUUUUCACAAAUGCGAUUAAACUGGAAGAUAUUUUGUAAAGCCUGUUAGGGCAUGCUAACAGAUUGAUUUGAACUAGUUCUGUUACAAGAAUAAAGGCAGGUUAUUUCCACUAACACUACACUAGAGUGAUGUUAGUAAAUGUUUA